UUCAUUCUGAACCACGACCAGAUCGUAUCUUUUCCAAUCUUGGAUCCCUUUACUAGAGCGUCAUGUCUCGUCAAGUGUCCGCCGAUCUGGAAGGAAUCAAGACAGAAAUCGUGAUCCAGACUUUCUCGGACCGUGUGCUUGUGCUCGUUACUCAGUUGGGAAAAGUGGGGACUUUGAUUCAAGCUUCAAUUCCGGAAACCAUCCCGUUAUCGCCUGCCGCUGAGGACUCUUCUCAGCCGAACUCUCUCGCUCUGCCAGAACCCCCUGCAGCGGUUCAGUUGACUCCAUUGUUCGGAAAUGCGCCAUCAGAACAUAUACAAACACUUCAUUCACUAUAUGCUGCGCAGAUCGCAACCAUUGUAUGGACAUGCGACGGUUCCAGUCCUCUUGAUGUGACCCGAAAGAGCGUUAUAAUUGGAAUCGCGCUUCGCAAAAGUCCAUCUACAGCGGAACUAGGAGUUACCGAGGCAGAGAGGCGUACCUUCACGGGCGUGAUGUCAAUGAUUAUGAAACUGCUGGCGCGCGAAUCUCCGAGUUCGCAUGACCAAAACCCCAAGUAGCGGAUUCCAACUGGCUAGCGCGGCUGUAUUCUACCCUCAGUGUUGUACGGACAGUCUACGCGACCAAACGGACCGCUGGUUCGGCAAUAAAAACGUACGAUUUGGACGAGACUAACGUGCGCGAAGCCACACUGGAAAAGCUUAUCAGGAGCUUAGUCAGAGAUUUUCCUGAGUCAAUGGAAAGCGAACGUGGGCGAUGCGUUUGCCGUUGGAACAAUACUCGUAAGGCCGACUCGUCCCACUUCGAUCCUUGCCACUUGCCACCACAAGACUACUAGCUUCUCUUCCCUUAACAUGGAUAUCGGACGAUUCCUGGCUCCGCACAGCGCUGAAGCUCGCGCGAAUGUUUCUGCUUCUGAAAGUCUCGACUGGGAUCAUAUUGACGAAACUGUCAUCGCUCUAUGUGCCUCUUACCGAAGCUUUGAGAAAUAUCUUUCAGGCGAAGAUAUUUUCAUUCAUCCGAGAACAAGACGAGACCUGGAAAGUGUCCUUCGCCGUUACAGCACGAACGCCAUCCACAACACGAUUGCUAAAAGUCGCACGCCGCUCGAACCAGGCGGAUACUCGCGACUCUGCCAUCUGGCUUCAGAAUCCAUUGCGGCCGUUCUUGAUAGCGGAGAUAACGUAGCCUACCUGCUGAACCUGCACGCCUCAAAAACGGCACCAGGUCACACACAAUCAGCAUCCACCACCUGACUCCCUGGCUCGGCGCACGUUUCUCCCCAGGCUUCCGUUUUAGUGUGUCACUGUUCAUCGUCUCUUGUAGCACCAAUCUGUCUCCGCAUUUUCCCUCGUACUGUUAUCUCCACGCCAGUUUUGACUUUAGCACAUAUUUGCCGUUGUUAUCCAUAUAUCAUCAGUGAUAGACUUGUAUCUUUCUCUCCUCCUGUGCCGUGCUCAGUGCCAGGGUCCCACGUUUCUCUAUACUUCACCGCCCGUCAUCGGCCAUGUUCUUUUCCCCUAGUCUCCUUCUGCUGCUGUGUCUGGAUUUGCUAGGGGCACAUGGAGCUCCAACACAAGAACCCUUCCAAGUCCCAAAUGUUGCCAAGCCACGAAAGUUACGCGGCAACUUCCUGCACAUCACCGACAUUCAUCCCGACCCCGCAUACCGCCCGAAGACGUCGGAGGCUACUAGUUGUCACAGAAAGAAGGGCAAGAAAAAGAAGAAUGUUUCUGGGUUGUAUGGGGUCCCUUAUUCCGGAUGCGACUCUCCGUUUUCCUUGAUCAACCACACCCUUGAUUUCAUUGAGAAGAAGUGGGCUUCUGAGAUCGACUUCGUAGUUUGGACAGGAGAUAAUGCAAGGUUCGAGACAGUCGGUCGAUUGCAUCUCGAAGCGCACACUCAGCGCCCCCUUAGACACGACAAUGACCGCAAAUUGCCCCGCACGCCCAAAGAAAUUUAUGAUCUUAAUCGGGGUGUGGCGAGCAAGAUGACGUCAAUCUUCACUUCGAGGGGGAUUCCAGUCAUACCGAGCAUUGGAAAUAAUGAUGUCUGGCCACAUGUGAGAAUAAUCGACACUGAAGCUGGGCAACGUCUGAUUGAUUUCAAGAACAUCAUGCUUCCUGGUCCCAGUAGCACUACUAACGAAUUUGCUUCCAUCUGGAAGAACUUCAUUCCCUUCCAGUAUCUGCAAAUAUUCCAGCGUGGGGCAUACUAUGCCGUAGAAGUCGUCCCAGACUCUUUGGCAGUCGUCAGCCUGAAUACCAUGUAUUUCUAUCAUUCCAACAAAGCCGUGAGUGGUUGCAGUUUCAAGGAGCGAGACGACGCCGGCAACCUUGAAUUCGACUGGUUGGAGGUUCAAUUGAAAGGAUUCAGGGCUCGAGGCAUGCAGGUCUGGCUGACAGGACACGUCCCUCCUUCGAUAGACAACUACCACCCUGAAUGUUACGUGCGAUACACAGAGCUGGCCCUCAGAUUUCAAGAUACGAUUCUCGGGCAUCUGUACGGACACAUGAAUGCAGACCAUUUCUUCUUUUUGGAAGCGAGCGACUUGUCCAUCAUCAAACCAGCUGAAUCCCAACUAUCGGUGGAUCUCUUCGACAGCUUAGUCGCUGACUUUGCCAGUAUGCCAAAAGCAAAGAAGAUGAAUCUCGACGAUUAUGCGGUCAUCAACGUGUCUCCCGCAGUCGUACCCAACCCCUAUCUUCCCAGUUUCCGCAUAUUUUCAUACAAUACGACGGGACCAGUUCAAGAUCUUAAAGAAAUGCUGAAAAAGAAGAAGAAAAAGGAAAAGUCCAGGCAUCCUCGGGGAGACGGCAACAAAACCGAGCUUUGCAAAAUGGAUCAAUAUCGCGACACCUGGAAAUGCCAUCUGAACGAGCCCUGGCAUUCAGAUCCAGAUUCUCCUUCCCGGCGAAACCGAUUGUGGACGCCGCUUGGCUAUGCUCAGUACUACAUUCCGCAUCUGGAAGAAGCAAACAAGACGCACGCUCCCAAGUUCAAAUUGGAAUAUCUGACAUACAAGUCCACGAUGAUGGCGUCCAACGAUUCGUGCCCCGUGCCUCUCAAGAAUUUGCCGAAGGAGCUCAAGAAACGUCAUACAGCAUACGGAAUGAGUGAUUUGACAGUGGGCGCUUGGAUUGGUCUGGCAAGGAAAUUGGGUGAAGGGAAGAGUGAACGUCUUCGUGUUCUGUUCAAGGAGUGGAUGUAUAUGGGGGCGGGCGAAGAUAGGGAUUGAGAGCGUAUAUAUCCUGGCCGCGUUUUUGUAUUGCCGCUGGUCGGGGUCGGACUCUACGAUAUGUGUAACGACACAGACUGGUCACGAAUUCGUCUCGGAUUGCUGCAGCUUAGCACGUUGUUCCCAUUUCCACUUCAGGAGUUCAAAGAGACGAUCUUCGCGAGGGAUGUUGGAGCGCGGGUGGUUUUCGUGCAGGAAAUACGCUCCUACGCCUGUUCUGCGUCGGGAUAGCACCAUCAGUCGGCAGAGAAGUACAAGAUGUGUCUUACAGGAUCCCCAGACCAAAAUCGAGAGACCUGUCAGAGACGCAGGUUCAUGACUGAGUAAUGGUGAAGAAGCUACGCGCGACGCACCGCGACAAGAGAAUGGGAGCCAUGAAGGGACCGUGACACUAUUUGCACUUGAAUACCGACGUGAUCGUGACGCGCGCACCCACGCGAUCCAGCACAUCUCCAUGUCCCAAUCGGCCAAAAUCGAGGAGAUCAUAGACACCACCGAGGACCAUCUGUCGGAGUCGGAGUCGGAUGCAGUGGAGGAAAACGAAGACGAAUCUGCCGCGGCUGUUCCCUCAGAGUCGCAGAACAAGAAGAAGAAGAAGAAGAAAUCUAAAGCAGCCAGGGCGUUGGCUGCGCUGCGGGGCAAGCCUGAGGUACCACAGGCUAUCGUGGAUCAGGUUCUCGAUCGCGUGAAGGCCGAGGGCGCGCCGGGAAGCGAGCAGGCUGAUGAGGCCACUGUUCGGUUAGCGCUGGAGCAGAUGAGGAUCAUGGACGUCGUGCAAGGCAAGGCGGGCCCCGGGGGACAUAACAAGAAGGACAUGGGGGCACAUAAGUUCUGGGCCACACAACCUGUCCCUCAGCCAGGGGAGGGUCCGCCACUAGAUGACGGAUAUAUCGAGGCCUCUGUACCACCAGACCAGGUUCGACAAGAGCCCUACCCAUUACCCAAGGACUUCGAGUGGUCGAUCGUCGACAUAGAUGACCCCAAGCAGAAUCAAGAAGUGUACGAUCUGCUCUCCUUGCACUACGUGGAGGACGACGAUGCCUCGUUCCGUUUCCAAUAUACCGCAGAAUUCUUCCAGUGGGCACUCAAACCUCCCGGCUAUUUCAAGGAAUGGCAUGUGGGCGUGCGCGUUUCCUCAAACAAAAAGCUAGUGGCUUUCAUCUCAGGAGUUCCGAUGACGUUGCGAGUACGGGGCAAGACCUUCACGGCCAGCGAAAUCAACUAUCUCUGUGUGCACAAAAAACUGCGGUCGAAGCGACUGGCGCCUGUGCUGAUCAAGGAGGUGACGCGCCAAGUUCACCUCAAAGGAAUCUUCCAGGCGAUCUAUACCGCUGGAGUCGUCAUUCCCACACCCAUCGCUGUCUGCCGAUACAAUCACCGGUCGCUCAAUAUUUCUAAGCUGGUUGACGUCGGGUUUACCUUCGUGCCACGGAACAUGACGAUCGCACGCAUGAUUCGCGACAAUCGGGUGCCCGACAGUCCCAUACUGAACAUCAGGCCCAUGCAGGAGAAGGAUGUCGUCGGUGUCGCUGAACUGUACACGAAAUACAUGGCCAGGUUCGAUAUGUUCCCAGUCUUGAACCUGGAUGAGGUCAGGCACCAGUUCUUGAGUGGUCAGGGGACUGGGUCGGUCAAGGAUGGACGGAGAGAAGCCCAGGUCGUGUGGACAUAUAUCGUCGAGGACCCUGCAACACAGCGCAUCACGGACUUUUUCUCGUUCUACUUCCUCCCCUCAACCAUCAUCAACAACGCGAAACAUCCCGUGCUGAACGCGGCCUACCUAUACUACUACGCGACUGAGGUAGCGUUCGAGGAGGGGAGCGAGGAAGACGGCCGGCUGAAGGAGCGUCUCCGGAUCCUCAUCGGCGAUGCGCUUGUGAUCGCGAACCAGGCCAAGAUGGAUGUCUUCAACGCUCUGACCCUGAUGGACAAUGUGUCGAUCCUGCGUGAGCUGAAGUUUGGGCCUGGCGACGGAUACCUCAACUUUUAUUUGUACAACUGGCGGACUGCGAAGCUGGCCGGCAUGACCGCCGAGGGAGAUACCAAGCCCGGAAAGGGUGUCGGAGUGGUCAUGUUGUGACCUCUUUCAGAAUCAGAAUGUGUACAAGGAUGCGCUGCUUGUUUCUAUCCGAAAGCGUUUACUACUACAGAUCAUGUUGUGUGCUGUGUAA